CAUCAUCACUACUAUACAACGAUGCAAACUCCUACAUGGUGCACUCAGUGCGGGAGGCAGCGGCCGGCGCCACUCACAGGCAAGGCACGGCAUGUGCUCUGAACAACACCCGCUCAGCAACUCUGCAGCACAAAGCUUACUGCCUUUGACACGCCCCUGACAAUCAAGGUCGUGAUCCCGGCAAUGUCUGCAUGCUUUAGGUUAUCUAUGGUUGGGCACAGUAAAUGGGCGCUGCGUCACAAGCUCCGCUCCAAAGUUCCCUGUGGCACACGUUGUGGAUGCAUGUCGGACGCGUGUGUUCCGUGACGUCUUCGAUACUGACGCCAGCGAGUAUUUUUGUCCACCCGGAUGUCUGGUUGGCUGCAGCGUCAAGAAUGGACCACCUGUGGCCGCUUCUAGUAUAAAGUGUGCCGCCAGCCAGCCGUGGCUCCGAGGUCCCCGCCAACAGACGUGGAAUCGCAGCCCUCCCUGACACCCACACCGGCACACACACACAUACACACCCUCCACAGCUGCAGGAACACGUAGCCUUACUCUGUGUGCUCAACUCAAAGAGUGAACUGAUCACACAGUGCAGGACACGAGUGUGAGCAGAACAGCAACAUCGCAGGCUUAGCUGUGGCGUCGAUCUUCACCUUGCGCCGGUGUCAUGUAUUCACUUCCAUGGUUCGUGAGGCAACUAAUGGUGACACUUAUGUUGGCUGGGGUGGAGGCAAUAGCGGAGGGCGGCAUCACCAUCCCGGCACACACACAAGACACCCUCAUGUCCCUCAGGUAAUACAGCCUUGGGUUAACUACUGGCCUGUGCCUCGUCCAGUCAGCUCUUGCCCUGGCCUCCUCCCAGCCCUGGAGCCGCAUAAUGUGGGAUGCCAGCGGCAAAGUAGCGGACGGCAUCGGUGCAGGUGCCACGGAGACUCGUGGUCACCCUGACCUGUGUGAGGACGUCUCGGCUCAUUUUCCUGGCACACUCCUGUCCCACCUCGAGCCUCACCAGCAUCGCCUGGGCCUGCACAACAUUACCAUGGCAACCUUCAGCCAUGAAGUUCUACAGCAGCGAGACACUACCCUGAGGGGCCGCUACUGCCUCGUCUCCGUCAGGGGAAAGGAGGAAGCAGAGGACCAAGGAGGAAGUGGCGGCUCCUGGCAGCUUCUUAGGUCUCUGGCGGGCAAGUUCGAGCACUCGUACGCCACAUGUGUACCGGACACCUGCACCGAUAGCCUCCUUCAGGAGUCUUUACAGAGGCAACAGGUCCCAGGUGUCUCCCUCACCGUCACCUGUCACCGCCAAGACCACGACACGCACCCCAGGGACCUCUCCUUCUUGCUGGUGACGGCGGUGCUGGUGGUGCUGGUGACGGCGGCGACCAUGCUCGACCUUCACCGUCCGUGCCCGAGUGCGCCGGCGAAGUGCUCUUGUCUCCCAGGCAAACAGCUGCUGCACUGCUUCUCGCUAACACAGAACUGGACGCGAUUAAUGAGCCACAGCACGGCGGAGACCCACCUGCAGACUCUGGACGGCAUCAGGGUGACCAGUAUGAUGUGGGUGAUCCUGGCACACCGGUACAUGUUCUUCCUGAUCUCCGCCGCCAACCCGCGUGACAUUACCAAGCACAUGAGAGACUGGAAGUACUGGUGGGUCUUCAACGCCUAUCCCUCUGUGGACACCUUCCUCUUCAUUAGCGCCUUCCUCGUGUCAAUCUUCCUCAAAAAGCGCAUCGCAGAGUUCACCUUCCCCGGUUACUGCCUCCAGCGAUACCUGAGGUUGGUGCCUGCGAUGGGCUACGUGAUGUGGACGUGCACUAGCCUCCUGCCGCACCUGGGUUCGGGCCCCGUGUGGGAGAGGACUUACGAGGGACUGUUCGGCCGCCCCUGCGCUAACGCGGCCUGGUCCAACCUUCUCUUCCUCAAUAAUUUCAGUGAUCCCAGCGACAUGUGCCUGGGUCACCUGUGGUCGCUGGCCGUGGAGUGGCAGCUGUAUCUGGUGGCGCCCCUCCUGCUGCUGCCCGUGUACCGCUGGCCCGCCUGGAGGUGCCGCUGGCUUCCCCUGGCCGCCUGCCUCACCAUGUCCGUCCUGCUGCCGGCGUUUAUCACCCUCCUGAACGACCUGCCGCCCACUGCCACACACUGGGACGAUGAAGCCACGCGAGCGUACUACAGCACUUAUUACGUGGUGCCUUGGUGCCGCGCUGGGCCUUACCUGGUGGGGCUGGCGGCAGGUGUGCUCUACCACUGGCUAGACGAAAACAACCUCAUUUUAACACAGGGGUGUGUGCGGGCGUGCGGAGCGGCGUGCUGGGCGGCGGUAGUGGUGGUGCUGAUGGGGCCUUCCUGGAUCGGCGGCAGCGGUACUCUCUGGGCAGCGGUGUACUCCUCCUUGGCAAGACCAGCCUGGGCUGCCGCUCUCGCCUUCUUUGUCAUCAACGCCUUUAAGGGCCAGCCAGGGGUGGUGUCUUGGUUCUUCUCCCGGCCUGUCUUCACGCCCCUGUGUCGCCUCUCUUACUGCAUGUUCCUGGUGUCGCUGCCCCUCCAGGCCCUCGCAGCCUCCAGGCCACACAAGAUUCACUACGACCACCUCACCGCGGCGUACCUGGUGCUGGGGGACCUGUGCCUGAGUGCCCUCGUCAGCGUGGUGGUUUUGCUCCUGGUGGAGGCCCCAGCGGCACGCCUCCUCACCAUUCUAAGCUCAGGUAAGCUAUGGCGACGCCCCAAAGUUGCCAGCGCUGCUACAGACGUGACUCAGAAGGAAAAGAAGGAGGAGGAAGUUAAGCCUUCUACGAGACGACAUGCCCUUCUGCUAGCCACUCUGUCCUCCCCCGCCCUCACCAACACCACCUACAGGAAUCUCUGAGGCGCCCGUCACCUCACCUUAUUUAUUCAACGAUUUACGGACUCAUCAUGUACUCAAUCCAUUAAGUCCGCCUAGAUGUGGACUUAUCAUGUAUAUUUAUUUCAUGUUUGUGUUCGUACUGCGGAAACCUCACCUUGACAGCUACCUAAUAUGACAUAAAAACACAAGAACAGAGGGAAAGCUACAAGAAGCCAGUAGGUUUACACAUGGCAGUCCUUCCUUUAAAACAAACUUUCCUAUACCCAAUAUCAUCCCUAUCCAUAGAUUUAUCUAAUAUUCUUUUAAAGCUCCCUGAUCACUCGAAACGUGAUUAUUGAGUCUAUUUUAGUAAUCUACCACUUUAUUUGUGAACCACUUCUUUCGAAUCUCUGUUUGUUUUCUAACUUUACUUAGCUUGAAUCCGUUGCUUCUACUAGUAGUUAUUUGUAGACUACUCAUAAUGAUGAUCUUCUCUACAUCAUCCGUAUAUUCUUCAUGCCACUAAAUACCUCUGUCAGGCACGCAGGUACUUUAGGCAAGCUGUUGGUGCUACUUAUUCUUAAUUGGAUUUCGAGGUAGUUUGGAUCGAAUGGAAAUUACCGGAGUGUAAUCUGUAAUAGGCAUGUAACCUUAGGCAUCUCUGAACCCUUUCACUGCCUUCUCACAUGUCUUUAUCCACAAACCAGCCUGAGACAUUUUAUUUUGCAGCUAUCUCUGAACAUUAUUUCUUCUUGUGAUUUCUGCUCUGUACCGCUAGUGGGUCGUGGUGUGCUCUCAGCGGCACUGUAUAAAACAAGAGAGGGCACAACACGAGAGAGCACUUCCAUCCUCUCACUACACUCACCUUUCCCUCACUCUGUCCUUCAUGUCAUCUUAUCCAUGCCUGGACAAGAAAUAAUUUGAAGGUUCAUGUCAUUUUCCAACAUUCUACUGUCUCCAUGUAGGUUAAGCACUUUAAGCACUGGAAAAUGUAUUCUACCCACUUCUCUUUCAUAUAGGUGCUAGAGGAGACUGUGAACCGUGCUUUUUAAUGCAGAGAGUUGUUGCAUACCGCAGUGAAAGGGUUAAUUCUGUGUUACUCAUAAGCGCCCGAGCGUCGUGGUGUGAGGCGGGACGCGAGGGACGCUGGAGUCCCUGAGGCUGUGCUGAGUGUGUUGUCUUAAAGAUGUCAUGGUGCGUCCUGGUGUUUUGUGUUUGCAAGAGAGAGAGAGAGAGAGAGAGAGAGAGAGAGAGAGAGAGAGAGAAAGAGAGAGAGUGUGUGUGUGUGUGUGUGUGUGUGUAAUGCGCAACCUACGUAUAUUUUUUAGUGAGAGCAUAAUUUAUUCUUUUCUCCAAUUUAUUUUAUGUAAAAGUAAUGUAUAUAUUUAUUAUACUAUUAUUAUUACACAACUAUUAUAUGAUUAAAAAUAA